GUGCAGGUUUGCUCCGAGUCCUUGCCCAAUCAGCAGUUUUCCUUAUUCCCUUUCUGGAAUCUCGUGCUUGUCUCUGGUGCGCUUUGUGAGAGGACAAUUGUGAGCUAGCGCGAUCGCCCCUCUCCUGGUUCUUUGAACGUUUUCUUGUCGGACGCAUCAUGGCUCUCUCUCAAGUUCAAAUGAGAUUGUCCAGCGUGCGGGGCAUGCCGACACUGCAAUCUGGUAGCUUUCAGGGAAAACAGUUGAUGGGCCCCAAAUGUGUUCCCGUCCAGUUGCGUCAAAGGCAGAUUUUCCCAGGAUUGGAGCGAUUAAGCAAGCCAUGUGGCAUCAGCAUGACCGUUGCAAGCGGCGCUCCUUCUAGCUCUCAAGCACUUGAUCCUGAGGUUCAGGAGGACUUGAAGCGUGCUGUUGCCAAGAAGGCAGUUGAGAUGGUGCAGUCUGGGCAGAUUGUCGGCCUGGGAACUGGCAGUACAUCCGCGCUUUUCAUUGAGGAGCUAGGACAGUUGAUCUCCAAGGGGAAGUUGAAGGACGUCUAUGGUGUCGCCACCAGCUAUCAGGCCAAAGUUCUUUCACGGCAGGCCGGGAUCAAAACGUUGAGUUUGAACGAGGUGAACAGGAUCGAUGUCGCUUUUGAUGGGGCCGAUGAGGUGGACAGCCAGAUGAACCUGAUCAAGGGAGGUGGUGCCGCCCACACUAUGGAGAAGGUGGUCGACAAGUUGGCAAAGAAGGCGGUCAUCUUGGUCGAUCAGACGAAGGUGGUCUCACAGCUGGGCCUGGUGUUCCCCGUAGCCGUGGAAGUUCUUCAGCCUGCUAUUACGCCCGUCCUCAGGUCCCUGUUGGCUCUCGGUGGAGAGCCCGAGAUUCGGAGUGCUUUGAGGAAAGACGGGCCUAUCGUGACCGACCUGGGCAACUUCAUUGUCGAUGUUCGGUUCCCAAACGGCAUCAAGGAUGCGGCUGCACUUGAGAAGGAGAUCAACAACAUCCCUGGAGUCGUGGAAAACGGUCUGUUCACUGGUUUUGUGCAAUCUGUCCUGGUGGGUGUAAGAGAUGGAAAUGAGAACGUCGUUGUACAACUAGCGGAGGCAAUUGAGAAAAUCAAACCCUAAUUUUAGGGUCUGCAAUUUCUACAAGGUUUUGAUAGAGUGUGGACGAUUUUGAGACUUUCAAUAGAUAUCGGGAGAUGAUUAUCUUCCAGCUUGUAGCUCACUUGCUAUAAUCAAUAAGUGUGGAUGGCCUGUUGUGUAUUGAAGAUGUCGGGUCUACUUGUCACUGAAGUUGGACCCUUGACCUGUUCACUGGAGGCCAAGCAACGAGAGGCCCAGCAGGAUGGAACACCGCCGAACAUGCAGAACGCAUCGACGCAAAGUACUCUCUGAAAUUGUAGUGUCAACGUCGAUGAUCGAUGAUCUUUGUCAGUAUCUUUGACAGCCUUAUGGGAUACUGUUCAGGUCGAUUUGCAUGACAGGCGUAACUUCAACGGUCUAAAUCUUCAUUCACACUUUCUUUCUGUGCGUUAUUCACGCAUACCAAGUGCAC